UGUCUUUCGUGACGAGCGAGAAAGAAGAUAAAACAUCAUUUCCAAAUGAUUUUGCGCUUGAAAGUACUAUUUCGACAGUGUUUUUAACAUUACAUUAAAUAAUAAGCUAUGAAUAAUGGUUAUAACGUCGGUUAUUUAUUUAAGUUUUAUCUAAACAACAAGUGAAAAGUGCAAUAUGAGGGUGUUACUAAUAACACUGUUUAUUUUGGGUUCAUGCGGCUUUGUGUCGCUGCUGGGAAAAGGCGGAGAGGUAGGCGAUGAAAGUACAGAGUUGUCUAGAGCUUUGGAUGAUCGGCCGUUGUUGUUCGCCACACUUGGAGGCGGUAUGGUCGCGGUAGAGCCCUUGGCUGGAAAUAUUAUAUGGAAAUUGAAAGAUGAACCAGUUGUAAAAGUCCCUAACCAGCAUGCAAACUUGAUGCCUCAAUUUCUACCGGAUCCAAGGCACGGUUUCCUCUACAUGUACGGCCCGCGAGGUGAUCAGCAGAUGCUAAAAAAACUACCCUUCACAAUACCUGAGUUGGUAGCCAAUGCACCCUGUCGGUCCACUGAGGGGAUUUUGUAUACUGGAAAGAAAAGCGACACUUGGUUCAGACUAGAUCCUUUGACAGGGUCUAGGGAGCAUGUGUCAGGUUUCGACAAAUCAAAGAUCUUUAAGAGCAACGAUGAAAAUACGUGCGAUUCCGACAACAACAGGGGUGUUUACGUCGCGCGAACCGAGUAUAACAUUCUGAUGCACGAUUCAAAGAACUCCAAUCACAAGUGGAAUGUCACAUUUUUCGACUACACCUCGCACGCGAUGGGCAAAGAAAUGUUGAACGAUUACGGUAUCAUACAUUUCACUUCAACAUCGAGCGGUCGAGUGAUGUCCUUUGAUAGAAAAACUGGCGACUUAGUGUGGUCACACAACUUCGAAACUCCAGUAGUAGCCGCCUACUUGCUAGACAGAGAGGGCCUUAUCUCUGUCCCUUUCAACUCUAUAGGGGAUGACACUCUUGACCAUAUCAUGGAGGAUGCGACAACUUUGAGCAAUGGACAGGGGAUUAAAAAUUCUAACAUCGAGUUGUACCCGACCUUGUAUGUUGGCGAGCAUAACGACGGCCUAUAUGCCCUGUCUUCACUUGUCGACAAAAACACUAAUACAAUAUCGACAGGGUUCUCACAACCCUUGCUACUUGAAGGCCCGACCUCGGAUAAGAUCGCCAGCACCGAUUCGAAAUACGAACCCUUCGCCAACAUCCAUUAUAAACUCAAUAACUUAAAUCUUCAUGUAUCUGCGCCAUAUUUAUUACUAGGACAUUACAAAGUGCCAGAGCUUACGACAUCUUGGAUGCCUCAGUUACCGAAUAUGAAUAUGAACACACAACAGCCGAAAAGUGUCUCUAUAAAAUUGAUAGAAGUACAUUCUGAUACAGAGAGUGAUGUUGAUAAUGAGACAAAUCUCAAGUCGUCUGUGAGUGUGUCUGUACAGACAGAUGAGAUAUACGAAGGGUUCAGAUUUCGGCCCGACUUGUGGUACAAACAGGCUUACAUCUGGCUUCAUCAACAAGAAAACAAAGUAUUGAAAGUAGCGCUGAUAAUUUUGGUCGGAUUGGUCAUCACCAUGUUCUGGUAUCUUCGUUAUCAGGCUCGGGAGUUCCAACAACUGUCCCAGGGCGGGUCCCGUGGGUCCACCACAUCCACAGCCUCCAACGGGGAGGUCACUGGGCAGCUGGAGGAGAUAGGAGACGGAGAAGUCAAAAUUGGGAGAAUCAGCUUCCAUACCGACCAAGUGCUGGGCAAGGGAUGUGAGGGGACUUUUGUUUACAAAGGGACAUUCGACAAGCGCUCCGUGGCCGUGAAGCGACUGUUGCCUGAGUGUUUCACGUUCGCCGAUCGCGAAGUGGCGCUCUUGCGCGAAUCGGACGCGCAUGCGCAUGUCGUGCGGUACUAUUGCACCGAGCGGGACAGGCAAUUUCGGUACAUAGCUUUAGAGCUAUGCUCGGCCACACUGCAGGACUAUGUGGAGAAGAAGCUGAAUUUUGAAUGCAGGAUAGAUGGCGUUGAAGUGCUGAGGCAGGCCACUUUGGGGCUUUCACAUUUGCACUCUAUGGACAUAGUACACAGAGACAUAAAGCCUCACAACGUUCUUCUAUCGAUGCCGACUAGCACCGGCGAGGUGCGCGCCAUGAUAUCAGACUUCGGUCUGUCGAAGAAGCUGAACAUCGGCCGCGUCAGCUUCUCUCGAAGGUCAGGGGUCACCGGUACCGACGGGUGGAUCGCACCUGAGAUGAUCAAUGGAGAGAGAACGACAACAUCAGUAGAUAUAUUCUCUUUGGGUUGCGUAUUCUACUACGUGCUAUCGAAAGGCCACCAUCCCUUCGGCGACGUGUUGCGAAGACAAGCCAAUAUACUCACCGGGGAUUACAACUUGGAUCGUCUUGACAAAGUGCUCCCGGUAGAGGAGAUACUUUUGACUAAAAUCCUGAUCCGCGCGAUGAUAUCAGAUCGGCCGCACGCGCGGCCGCCGUGCGAGACUGUGCUCAAGUACCCCAUGUUCUGGGGCAAGCAGAGCAUACUCAACUUCUUGCAGGACGUGAGCGACCACGUGGAGAGCGGCGGCGACAACGCGCAGCACGCGGUGGAGCGCGGCGCGGCGCGCGUGCUGCGCGCGGACUGGCGUGCGCGCCUGUGCGGGGUCGUGCUCGCCGACCUGCGCGCGCGCCGCUCCUACCGCGGCGACCGCAUUGCGCAUCUGCUGCGCGCCAUACGGAACAAGAAACAUCACUAUCGAGAGUUAGAGGCCGAAGUCAGAGAGACACUCGGCAAGUUACCGGACGGUUUCGUCUCAUACUGGCUGCAACGAUUCCCACUGCUCUUACCACACGUAUGGCUCCAAAUGCAACAAUACCGCAACGAAGAUAUCCUUCAAGCUUACUACCCCCACUCCUUCACAUUCAACAGAGAUGACGUAAUAGAACUAGCUGACAAUGGCUAUGUUGAAGAAUUACCCACAGAUAUACCUGAGAAAAACGAUUUGUUUAACAAAAGUAGAGUAUAUUACGAAGAGAACAACCAGGAGUCUCCUAAACAUUACAAAAAAGAAGGAUCUCCAUACAAACGCGAAGAUUGGCGAAGCGAAGCGAGAAACUAUCAGACGAGAACAGACGACGUCAGAUUGAGAGACCGGCAUCAUAAUAAGAAGAAAGAGAAGAAGCGCGAAGAAAUGCCAAUUUGGAAUUUACCGCCCCAAACAUAGAGCACAAAAUUAGUAAGUAUGGGACAAAAUGUGAUAGUUUUUGGUGAUGUUUUGUAUAUUCUUUAUGGUCUUUUUGAUCAGUCAGCAUAUCGUGCUCGUGCCACAAUUAGGCCUAAGGCCACUAUUUUGUUGUAUUCGUCGGAAUUAAUGCUUACGUUGCAAAAUACCCAUUGGUAACCAGUAUUCUGAAAAAAAAUGCUAUAUUAACAUGUAAAAUCUGACUUAUAUAUUUAUAAUAAUGAGAAUUUUUAUAAUGGGGCAUACUGAAGUGAUACAGUAAAAUACCUGUGCACCUAUUAAGUGUUUUCAUAAUAUAUGUUAGUUCUAAAGACUCAAUACUGGUUACAUAUAUGUCAGCUAGCCUUUAACUACACCUUUUUGUUAUAUCAUCAGCGCGUGGUCCAGUGUAUAGUGAAUUCAUUAUUUUAAAAGCGAACAAAAAUCGGAUUAAUCUUUAUUCAUUUUUCAAAUUAUUAUUAGAUUUUUAAGUUAAUGAAUUUCUAAAAGGCGAAGAAGAAAAAUGUAAGUCGAAAUUUGCAAGAAUCACUGAUACAUAGUACAUUCAACCUUGGUAUAAGAAUUGUUUUAUAUAAUUUAGAUCUCUGCAAUGUGAAGUGACUACACUAAUGUACUUAUUUGAAAUGGGACCAUUAAUGCCACCAUUUUGAUUGGUAUGUAAAUUAAUAGCUCUCUCGUUUUUCUUUUAUUUUCUUAUAACUUCAAUUUUAUUGCGUGGUUUUCUAGAGUAAUAGUUUAGCAUUUUCCGGAAAUCGGUAUGCACAAUGUAGCACUCAAUUGAUAGAGUGUUUGGUGUGAUUCUAAAGAUUCUAAUCACAAACCAAACGAAAAAAUCCGAAAUUAUUAAUAAGUAGUUUUAAGUGUUUAACAUUCCUAUUUUUAAGUAAAUUUUAAUAUAUUAAUGCAGUAUGAAUGGUGCUAAGUAUGUUAUUAUUGACGUGCAAGAUAGAAAUAACACAAGAUCAUCCUUGAAGAUGUUUACUGCGUAAGAUAAAAAUUUUACAGGUAGUAUAACUAAAUGUUUGUCACAUGUGUGUUAUUUGUGCACUUUUCAUGUUUUAAUGAAAUUAAUUAAUAAUUGCUUCUAACUUGUAAAUGAUGUCAGAUUUGUAUAUUGUAUGCAAUUGGAAUUUGUAAUUAAAUUUAUAUACAUAAUAUAAUUAUAGUGCACUGAUUGGUAAAGGAAACAUAAAACAUUAAAAAGUUUUAUAAUUCAGAUUUAUGUAAGUAUGCUCAAAUGUUGGUCAUGUAUUAUUUAUUGAAAAUAAAACUAUGAAUUCGUAAAGGGAUACGUUUUUUAAAUAUACUGUGUUGAAUU